AUGCCUCUCAACACCCUCCGUCUUAACCACCAACCCUCCAGCCACCCCAACGACCGUAUAGUCUUCAUCAAGCCGAUCAAACGACCAGCCCCUCAGAAAGACGACUAUGAUAGAGCUGAGCUAGUCCUCAAGGCCAUAGCAGCACAAUGUCUUCCCAUCAUGAAGUCUCACUAUCUAUCCGUGACCACUCUUGAGGAGUACGAACCAAAUCCCGAGUUCAUUGGUCGCAACUUCAACAACGGUGAAAUCAUCCAGCUAGUCAUUCAGUCCAAAUCUGGUGCAUGGUUACCUCUCAACAUGAUACAAAUGGUUAUGAUGCAUGAGCUGGCUCACAAUACCCACAUGAACCAUGGAAAGGGCUUCUGGGCUGCACGAAAUCUCUAUGCAACUGAAAUGAAGCAGCUGUGGAACAAAGGAUAUACUGGUGAGGGUCUCUGGGGUCAGGGCCGAACGCUAGGCGACAUCGAAAGCGCUAUCGGUGGCAGAAUCUUGAGGACUGAAGAGCUAGGUGGUUUACUGCUGUGUGGCGGCACUUUUCGCAGUCGGCGCAAGAAACGCAAGGCCAAAGGUGAUGGUGGCCAGGAACUCACCUGGAAAGAGAAAAAAGAGAAGCGAAUUGAGAAGAAGUUUGGCAAGAACGGCAGUGCUUUGGGCGAGGAUGAGGACAAGAGAUUGAGCUUACAGAUCAACAACAAGAUCAAGGGCUCGCUAGGCACAAAGCCAAGAGUCGCACAGAGCAAACGUGGUCGUGAGCUGAGAGCUGCUGCUGCCUUGGCUCGCUUUUCAACUAACAAGCAGGAAGUCACCCAGCUCGAGGCCGAACAGGACUCGACCAAGCAUGAAGAUUCUGCUGCCGAGACAGAGAGUGAGUAUGAAGAGGUCGAUAUGGAUGCAGGUCAAGAGGAUGCAAAGGACCAAAAUGGAAAGAAGAUACUCGAUGGCAAGGGCCUAUGUAUGAUCAAGGUUUGUGAUGACGAGACUGGAGACAAUACCGACCUGCGAAAUGAAAUGAAAGAGCUCGCCAACAUGACUGCUCCUCUAGAAGAGAAGACUACCAGCACGAGUUCCACUGUCAAGGUUCAGAAAUCGACUAGACCCAGCAAUAAAAGGCAACAUGUCGAAUUUUCUACAUUUGUGGACUCAGGCAAACUAGUUCCGGAAGCAACAAAAGAGCACCUGUAA